GGGAAUCAUGAUUUCUCUUCUAUCCUUCAAUUUCACUUCUUUCUUUUUCUUAUUUCUUUUCAUGUUUGGUUCAUCAUCAGCAAGAACAGUGUCAUUCUCAUCUUUUUCUUCUUCAGCUUUUCAGAUUAAUAGGUCUAUAGCAGAAUUUCAAGGUCACAGUGCAAUAUCAGAUUUUCGGUUAUUGAACAGAAGAUCUUUAGUGAAUUGUGAUGAUCCAAAUCCAUAUCUUCAAAUCAAUAUCAAUUCAGUUGCAGGGUCUGGACUUUUGAAUGAGCAAUAUGUAACAGUCACUGUUAGUGGAGUUUUAGUACCUGCAGAUUCUGAUUGGGUUGCCAUGAUCUCACCUUCUUACUCCAAUGGCACAGAUUGUCCUCUAAAUGAGGCAAUGUACCUUCAGACUGGAGAUACUAGUAACCUUCCUCUUCUCUGCCAUUAUCCUGUGAAGGCUCAAUACGUGAAGAACGAUCCAAAUUAUCUUGGUUGCAAUAAUGUCGUAUGCCAAGAACACCUUGGUGACAUAUGUGUAAUGAAAACAUGCAGUGGUUCAUUAACAUUUCAUGUCAUUAACAUCAGAACUGAUAUAGAGUUUGUGUUCUUCACUGGGGGAUUUGAUACUCCUUGCAUUUUAAAACGAACAAGCCCUGUGAGCUUUGCUACUCCAAAUACCCCUUUGUAUGGUCAUCUCUCAAGUGUGGAUUCAACUGCACAAUCAAUGAGAUUAACAUGGGUGAGUGGAGACCAAAACCCUCAACAAGUUCAAUUUGGGAUUGGAAACUCUCAAACAUCACAAGUUACUACUUUUACACAAAAUGAUAUGUGCAGUACUGUGACACCAAGCCCAGCCAAGGAUUUUGGAUGGCAUGACCCUGGCUACAUUCAUACUGCACUCAUGACUGGACUUCAACCUUUAACAACUUACUCCUACAGAUAUGGAAGUGAUUCAGUUGGUUGGAGUGAUCAAAUUCAAUUUUGGACACCACCUGAAGGAGGAUCAACUGAGCUUAGAUUCCUUGCAUUUGGGGACAUGGGGAAGGCUCCCCAUGAUGCCUCUGUUGAGCACUACAUUCAGCCAGGAUCAAUAUCAGUUACAGAUGCCAUAGCCCAAGAAGUUGCAUCAGGCAAUGUCAACUCCAUUUUCCAUAUUGGAGACAUCAGCUAUGCGACAGGCUUCUUAGUGGAAUGGGAUUUCUUCCUCCAGCAAAUAGUCCCACUAGCAUCUCAUGUUUCCUACAUGACUGCAAUUGGAAACCAUGAGAGAGAUUAUAUAGACUCUGGAUCAGUAUACAUAACUUCUGAUUCAGGUGGAGAAUGUGGAGUAGCUUAUGAAAUCUAUUUUCCUAUGCCUACUAUUGCUAAGGACAAGCCAUGGUACUCCAUAGAACAAGGCCCGGUUCAUUUCACUGUGAUUUCUACUGAACAUGAUUGGACCUCAAACUCAGAACAGUACCAAUGGAUGGAAAUGGACAUGGCUUCUGUUAACCGUUCAAGAACUCCUUGGUUAAUUUUCAAUGGACACAGACCAAUGUAUUCUUCCGUAUCAGGAGUACUUCCAAGUGUAGAUCCAUUUUUUGUAGCAGCUGUAGAGCCUUUACUAAUUGAUUACAAGGUGGAUCUAGCUCUAUGGGGCCAUGUCCAUAACUAUGAAAGAACGUGUGCCGUUUAUCAAAAUAACUGCAAGGCCAUGCCUACGAAAGAUGCAAAUGGGACUGAUACAUUUGAUAAUACAAAUUACAGUGCUCCAGUUCAUGCAGUUAUUGGUAUGGCAGGAUUCACACUGGACCAGUUCCCUAGCAAUGCUACAGCUGCUAGUUGGAGUUUAGUUAGGAUUGCUGAAUUUGGAUAUGUAAGAUUUCAGGCAACAACGCAAGAGUUAAGUGCUGAGUUUGUGAGUGCAAGCACCACGAUGGUUGAAGAUCGCUUCCACAUCAUCAAAAGUUAA